AUUAGCACGGAAAAGAAAAAGGCUCUGGCUAAGUUAGUAACUUUGGGCGGAAGAACCCGCGCCCCUUUGGAGGGCUGGGUUCCUAGCAGCCCAGCUCCUGCAGAAGGUCAAAAAGAUCCCAAGUUCAGGGUCCCAGCACCCAAAGCCAGCCCACAAUUAGCCGUUACCCCCUUGCGCAUAAAGUCCCCUACUGCACCGCCGACUGGGCGGCGAGCACCUUGUGUUCCUUUCUUCUUCUUUGAUGCACAGUUGCCCUGUGGUUGAUUCCACCUGCAGGCAGGCUCCUUCUUCCUCAAAAAUAAUGGCAGAUUUUGGUUUCUUAUCUGAUACAGAUGAGUCGGCUGUAGAAGAAGUCAUCUCCCAAGCACAAGACCUGUGCGUACUGGAGCAGCUCUCUGCUAUCAACUGCUCUGCUCUCGCCCACUCCGUCCUUCCGUCCGAUUUGGACUCCCGAUUCUGCCGACUCAAAUCCUUUCCUGUGCCUAUAACCCGCACAACUCAUCAAAGUCCAGACAAGGAUUGCCACUCUGAUUCCCAUGAUAGCCCACAACGGAAAUACUCUUUCAAACCCAAACAGACACCUUCUUCACCUCCCUCUAUUUCAGAUUCUAGCCCCCAAAAUGCACUCUUCUCUCCUUCAGUACCCAAAAAUCGCCUCCCAUCAAAUUCUCGCUCAUUUGCUUCUCCUUUGCCUCCGGAUUCUUCUCCACCCCAAAAAGCUGGGUGCUUUUGGUGUUCUCCCAAAAAGAUUUCUAAGAAAAACAAGGAAAAUAGGGUGCUGGGUACCGCUCUUGAUUCUGAUGAAUUCCUGUCCAAUUUUACUACUUUUUCAGUCAAAGAACAGCAAAGCAUGCUCAACAACGCAAUCAAGGAACAAGACAAGAUUAGCCGGGAGGCAGAAAAGAUAGUUAAUUGGGCAAAGCAAGCAUCCGCAAGGAUGACCUUUCCUGGCAUUGAAGAUGAGCUUAGUCACAGUGAUGAUGAACAUGCUAAAUGACUAUACUUUUCAUUUUCAUUUUUUUUCUGGAUAAGUGUAUUUUUCUUUUUAAUAUGGGCAAGGGGGGACUGGAAUCCAAAGGUAUCAUGCACCCAUAGAUUGAGUUUAUUUUUCAUAUUCUCUUCUUUCUACUCCAAUCAUACACUUGUUUAGGUAUCUUUAGUUAUUCUAAUGAUGUUAGCUCAUGUUAUACUCUGUCAUCUUUUCUGUUACAUGCUAAUUGCUAUACUAAGUAUUUUGUAAAUUGUUAUACUUUUUCAAUAAACAUCCUUUCGA